CUCCACUACACCCCCACCCCCACCAUUCUCUCUUCUCUAUUGUCCCUAUCUCUAUUCUUGUGUUGCAUAUUAUAUUUAUUUCUCUUCAGAAAAUAUGUACAUAAACAAUUCCACUUGUUGAAUGUGCUUUUGUGAUUAUAUAUUUUUUCUUUCAUUAAAUUAUGGCGGGUGCAAGUACAAAUUUUGAAGAAAAUGAUGAUGAUGAAUAUAAUGGAGUAAUUAGUAGACAAGAAGUUCAAGCUGCCAUUGCUAAAGCUGUAGAACUUAGAGCUAUUCAUGCUUCUUUAUUACAGGGUAUUAAUAAUAAUAAUAGCCCUGCUAAUUUUAUCAAGUUUCCCCCUCAUUCUUCUUCUUCUUCUUCCCCUGCUGCUAAUCUCUUUUCUGCUCAAGAUUAUCCUAUUUUUACACCAAGUUAUGAAGAUGCUCCAUUACCUGGAUCUAAACAACUACAUCUCGAUGAUCGAGACUACGCUGAUCUUUGGGAUGAUUAUGGUCUUGGUGGAGUAAAAAAUUGUGAUGAAGUCAGUAUAUCGAAUGACAGAAAGGCUAAUUCCUCCUUAAGGAAAGGAAUUUCAUCGAAUAUGAUCAAAUCGGAAUGUCAUAACUGUCCAACUGAUGAUCAGAGAUCGGUAACCGGCUCUUAUACUGGUCAUAUCACUCUGCUUAGAAACUCUCCUGGUGGUGAUUACUCUAACUCUAGAAGAAGCUCUUUGGGUGACUUGAGAUCGCUUUCGUCUUACAAUAGAUCAUGUAAACCUGCUAUAGUAAGUGCUGAGACAGAUGGUGCUAGCAGAAGUGGGAAAACGUCUAAUGUAAUUGUGCCAUUGACAAAUUCACACUCUUUAAAUCAAUUGCAGCAAAAGAGUAAAGGAAUGAACUUGUCGUGGUUGUUCCCUAAGUUAAAGAAGAAAAACAAGAAUGAGAAUUCACCAUAUCGGAGAGAGGCUGAGGAGGUCUCUCAGAUUUGCAAGGAUCAUAUCGGGGUGGUUUCUGUUGAAAUGUUGAGGAAAGAACUCGCGGUAGCAAAUGAAAGCAGAGAGGCAGCCUUGAUGGAAGUCGCGGAAAUGAAGUCUUCUUUAGGAGAGUUGAAGCAAAAAAUGGAGUACUUAGAAACUUAUUGCGAGGAGCUUAAGAAAGCCUUGAGACAAGCAAUUCAAACAAAAGAAUCUCAAGUAUCUAACAUGCUUAUAGAUCUUCCAAGAAGGGGGAAAUCUACGGAUGGGGAUGGAGAAAACACGAUUCCUGUUAGUGAAGAGGUAAUGGUUGAAGGAUUCUUGCAGAUAGUAUCGGAAUCAAGACUAUCCGUUAAGCAAUUCUGUAAAACUCUUAUUGCACAAGUUGAAGAGACAGCUGAUUCCUUAACCGAUAACUUAAACCUUCUACUUCAACCAUACAAGCUUUCUCUUAACUCGAAACACUCAAAGGCGGUCUUAUACCAUGUUGAAGCCAUCAUAAACCAAUCACUCUUCCAAGAUUUCGAGAAUGUUGUGUUCCAAAAGAAUGGGGCUCCAAAACAAUUGGACCCUCAACAAGAUUGCCACGAUCAAUUCUCAUCGUUUGUCUCGUUGAGGAACCUAAGUUGGAAUGAAGUGUUACGAAAGGGGACUAAAUACUAUAGUGAAGAUUUCAGUAAAUUUUGUGAUCAGAAAAUGUGUUGCAUCAUCACAUCACUUAAUUGGAGAAGGCCAUGGCCAGAACAACUCCUACAAGCAUUCUUUGUGGCUUCUAAGUGCAUUUGGUUGCUGCAUUUGCUCGCGUUUUCGUUCAAUCCUCCACUUGGGAUUCUGAGGGUUGAAGAGAAUACAAGUUUUGAUAAGAAUUAUAUGGAGGACAUAUUUGGAGAUAGGCAAAAAUCACAAGGUACAAGUAAGGUUAAGAUCAUGGUAGUGCCUGGUUUCUAUGUACGUGAUAGAGUACAUAGGUGUAAGGUAAUUUGCAGGUACAAAUCAGCAGCUUAAUUGCUAAUCUAGAUAGGAUUUCUUUCUCAACAUUUGCUUGAACAGUCGUUUGGUAGAGUGGAUUAGAAAAAAGAAUGCAAGCAUUAGGCUUGUGUAUUGUAUUUUACUCUUUUUUGUUUCUCAUCCAUUGUCCAAAGCUCACAUUGGAGCCCUCGACAAAAUUCAGAUCACACACUGCGGGGCUCGUUCGAGGGUGACAUUCCUAGGGCUCGAACACGAAACCUUUGAUUAAGGGUGAAACAUUCUCACCAAUACAUUAGAACUCAUAUUGGUGGGUUGUGUAUUGUUAUUAUAUUGUUUGGUUUACUUUUUCAACCAUGUACAACUUAUGCGAACAUUAGUUAUUCAUUGGACCAUGGGGUUAAUAAUGCAAAAAGGAUUUUAAUGCAUUGUCA